AUGGUGUACUACGGCCUCGGUCUGAACGUGGGCAACCUGUCAGGUGGUCUGUACCUCAACUUCAUGUACGCCAGCAUCGCCGAGACCUUGUCGUGUGCGCUGUGUGUCGCGCUGCUGAACCGCUUGGGUAGACGGGUGCUGCACUGCCUGACCAUGCUGCUGGGUGGUGUGGCCUGUGUGGCCAUCGUCUUCCCCGUUCUCUAUGGAACUGACAGUAAAGUCUCUUUGAUUCUCGUAUGGAAUCUCCAAGUGUGCCCUUCCCCACAAAUUGGGUCUCAGCUGGUUGACCAUCACAUUGUCCAUGGUCGGCAAGUUCAGUGUGUCGGCUGCUUUCACAGUCAUCUACAUCUUCUCGGCAGAGCUUUUCCCGACAAUAGUUCGAAACUCGGCAGUGGGGCCAGCUCUUUCUCCGCACGAAUCGGGGGCAUUGUCUCUCCUUACAUCGCUGACAUAAGUUCCUUUGUACGCAGCGACUUCGGCAUCGCUCUUCCCUAUGGAAUAUUCGGGGUCCUGGCCAUCGCCGCUGGUCUGGCCUCGCUAUGGCUACCGGAAACUCUCAACAAAACACUACCAGAGACCAUCGACGAAGCCAGAAAUUUCGGAAGAGACAAGACAAGCAAGGAAUCGUGCAAACAGAAAGAUAUCAAUUCCAACGAACCUAAGGCUGAAGAAAUGAAGGAAGUGUGGACCAGAUUCUAGACAAACACUGUACAUUAGACUUGCUGGUCAGUGCCACCAUCUUACUUUAGCUGUGUUCUGUCUGUGACAGAGAAACAAUGUCUCAUGCUGGAGUCUCUAUUAUUUAAACAUCGUUGUUGAUGUUAAAAAUAUUCUACGGUAAUAAGCAGAUGACAAGAUGUCGCCGAAGUUUUCGUGCGAAUGUCUCCAUUAUCUGAACACUAUUUCUUUUUUUUUUUUUACCUGGCAGCAAAGGAGUUUGGUGCCUAGUAAUGGACUAUAUGUGUAAUUUGCAAUAAAGCACACCUCCUUUAAUUAACAUAUUUUUACCGCAAUACAUUUCCUAGGUUAGAUAAGGUUUUGCUCAACAUAUACAGAUGUAAGCUAAUACCAAUAUAAGGUUUAUGUUAACAGAU